CAAGCAGUUCUUCCAUCUCAGCCUCCCAACGUGCUGGGAUUACAGACGUGAGCCACCAUACCUGACUUCUUCCCUUUUACUCUUCCUCAAGUUCCUGAGGGAGACUGACAUAUCACGAGGCAUCAUCAAUACGUAUGGGUUUGCAUACUCUUUUCUGUCCUUGCUGGCCUCUGCUGAGUAACUGCUUGGCUGUUGGCCUUUUGGUACCAUGGGCCAGCAUCUACUUAUGUUAGUUCCACUUACUUAGCCUCUGGACUUCAUACACUGGAUCCACUGCCAUGUACUUGCUGUAAUUUCUAAUUGCAAGAACCAUGUAUUCCUUACCCUUCAAAUUCCAGUCUUCUUUAGGUCUUGCAACUUAAUCUUAGCCACUUUUGCACUCCUCUCAUGACAGAAGCUUUAAUAACUUUUCACAUGCUUUGCCACAAUAUACUGGAAUGUUUAGUAUUCAAAAUGUCUUCAGACAAAUCUUCCCAUCUGCCUUUCUUAGCCUUCGUUUUUGAUACUCAAUACUCAGAUACCUGAAUCACAGCCCCUCCAAACUCUUUCCUGCCUAGUAGCCAGUGCCUUCCUUAUUUGUUUGUAUGGGAAAACAUCUAUUAUAUUCUCUUGCAUUCUUGUGUACUCUAUGUUUUUAGUGGUACAGUCUUUAUAUAAAAGAAUACGGUUAUAUCCUCUUGCAUUCUUGUCUACUCUAUGGUUUUUAUCAUGUAAAUUUUAUACAAUGAUGCUCCUAAAAUGAUAAGGCAGCUUUGCAUGUACUGAUACAAUCAGUUGAUGAAAUAUGUUACAUGAGGAAAGCAAGGUAUAGAACAGUAUGCAUAACCUGCGUCAUUUGUGGAAAUGUAUGUGUAGUAUGGCAAUGCACUGAACAUCUCUGGAAGGACAUAUGAAAGUGCUAAUGGGGGUUGCCUCUAGGGAGUGAAAAAAACAGAUGGCUAGGGGACAAGACUAGGAGAGAGAUGUUUUUACUCCCUUUUUAUAUCUUUCCAUUUCUAUGUCAUGUGAAUAACCUAUUCAAAAAAUAGAUACAAGAUAAUUAUAAAGCAUUUGUAAUUUGGCUUCUAUACUCUUACGAAUGUCCAGAUCUCCUAUUCUCAGCCACAGAUAAAAAGUAGCUUUAUUGGCAAAGACAUCUUUUUCUUCCUUCACUGCUUCCUGACCUUCCAUUCUUUCUUGUAGGACUUUACUGAAGGCUGCAUAAAGCAGCCAACCUGCUCCAACAGUCGGAAUUUUUCCCUUCCAUUAGAAGGGAAAAUACUUCAGUAGGCAGAUGGUCUGAGUCCCAAAAUGUAACAGAUGAUACUUUAGUUAUUUUGCUAACUUGCCAGACUGAGAUAGAAAGGUCCUUACUACCCUUCACCUGACCCUCUUGGCCAAGCCAAGGCUGUAUUUUAGGUUCUGUUACUUGCAAGAAUUUUUAUCUGCAGACUUAUCACACUGAAUAGGUAUUUAAUAUAUUACGAUUACAAAUGCAUGAAUGAAUAAUUUUAUGUAAAGAAAUAAACUACCUAAGAUAGUUUUAAAUGUGUUUUUAAUAGAGUCUUUAAAUCAAUAUUUAAAAUUUCCCAGUUGUCCAUUAAUUACAGCUGUCUUUUUCCUCCUGAUCUAAGGUCCAGCCAAGGUUCAUACAUUGCAAUUAGUUGUUAUAUCUGCUUAAUCUCCUUUUAUCUUAAAAAAAAAAAAUCCAGCCUUUUGUGUCAUGUUGUUGACAUUUUUGUUAACUCACUCAAAAUCAUUUAUUGGCCACCUAUGAAAUAGCAGGCAUGGUGUUAUGUUCUAGGUAUUUGUACAUAAUAAUCAGUAAAAUGUUAUAAAUACUACAAUAAAGGCCGUAUAAAGUGAAGAAUGAGCACAAAAGGGGAAGAUAUCUCUCCUCUCUCAAAAAUUCAGGAAAGACAUGUCAGUGGGGAAAUGACAUUUCAGCUAACUUGAAAGAUAAGCAGACAAAAAAGAGAAAGCAGAGAUCAUCAUGUGAGCAAAAUACAUCUAUUACUUUUUAUGUUUUUGAAAAGCACACAGUUUAGAAAACUGCAGUCACCUGCGAGGAUAUUACGAUGAAACGUAAGUCAGAAGAAACACACAGGAGCAGGCCUUUAGUGUUGGGCCAGUGAAUCUGGACUUCAUCCUGUGUUUGAGAAUUCAAAGCUUUAAGGGACAGGCAGAAAACAAACACAAACAUAUGAUGUGAAAUGACAGACCUGUGGCAAACUGAAUUGUAUGAGUUCUGCCUAAAGAUGUUCAAAUUUGGGCUGACCAAACCAUGCCAAUGGGCUGAAUUCCACAGAUAGGACCCGGUGAGGACUUUUGAGCAGGCACUCAUGACAACAUAGAGAGGACCUAAAGUUGGGGAUAAUGGGGACAGGAGACAGUCACAGGUUGGAUAUAGACGCCGCAGUGUAAAGGAGGACAGACACCUCGUGCCUAUCAGGUCUCUGUGAUGACUGUGCUAUAAUCUCAAGCUCACUCUUGGCACUGGACAUACAUAGCAUUCUGAAGGCAGAGGUGCUUCCAUCCCCUUUUCUGCCAUGUCUUCCUCUGGAUGAAACACAUUCCUCACUACCGUCUUAAAUAUGUGAUCUAGAAAAAUCUCACUUUUUUCACAAAAAGGACAUUGUAGGCUGUUCCUUUCCCUUUCCCAGCUCUCUUUACUUACAUGGGCCAAAGUGAGUGGCCCCCAAGUCCCCAAAGUGAGUGGCCCCCCUUUGCCCCCAGGUCCUUCAAGUUUCUUACCCAGGAAUUUUCAUCAUCUCUGAGUAUGUUUUCCACAUUUCUUCUCAAAGUAUCAUUUAUUUCUGUAUAAAAAGGCAAGAGCAUGGAGCAGAGUUUGAUGAAUCUCAAUAAGCUCAUCUCUUAUUUUCACAUGUGCUUCAGAACACAUCAUACCUCCCGAUUAACAACAGCACAACACACAGUCCACUCUGACCCCUCCACAGAAGACUGUCCAAGCACUGCACGGUCUUCUUCACCCCUAAGAGCAGGGACAAAUGUCCUAGUACAUGCCAGCGCCUAAAAGUCUUUCUUUUGUUCCUGAGAACAGUGAUCACCAAACAUUUUGGUCACAUACUGUAUACAAAAAAAUAAAUAAGUUUCAAAAUUUAUUGUCUAUCCUCAGUAAAAAUAUAUUUUAAAGGUAUUAGUGUUAAUCUAUAUGAAUAUUACAGAUAAGUACUGAUAUAUCCUCCUCAUAUCAGCAGAUCAUCUUGUGCAUAACCAUACCUGCUGUGUAUUUCCCAGGAGCUAUAUAAUUCCCAGGGUUCAGAUUUUUUUUUCUCCUUCCCUCGUUUCUCUGUAUCAAUUCUACUCACCACAUCUAAACACUGAUUUGGAUACCUCUCUCCCUUCAGAAUCCUUUAUUUACUUGUUGUUUAUUCACAGCAACUCCUUCCAUUCUGCCUAAAAACCCUAAUAUCUUCCAUAAACUAACAGUCUUUUGGACAAGCCAGGGCUCUCAAUUGAAAGUUCAAAUCUCUGUAAAGCUUCCCAAUACCUUCAUGCCAGAAGGUAAACAAAUUACUUGCCCAUCCCUGGUGGGACAUAAAGUUCUAGCCUUUGGGCUCUAAUCUCACUGGCAUUUUUUAUUAGCCUGGGCCAGUUGUUUGCAAGAUGUCACUUUAAUUUAGCUGUUUCUGAAUUUUUUUUAUUGUUAAAUCUAGAUUAAAUAUUGUUGGCAAAAAUACCACAUUGGUGAUGGUGUGCCUUCUCAAGGUAUCAUAUCAUGUAAGAGGAAAUUUUUAACACAGUAGAGAAACAGACUACUAUGGCUAAUGGAAGGUCUAAUUUGAGUCUUCAAUUCUCCAUGUUUUAAUUUUAUAGUAAUUAUGUAAUUUCUUAGUGGUUUGGUAGUUAAGAGAGAUUUGAUACAGAUAAAUGGUGUUUUAUCCAAUUCAUUCACUAUCAUUUUGGAACAACAAAAAAAUUUCCCUUUUAAGUUGAUGAGUUUCUAAUGAUUGGGGAAGUUGAUAAAAUCAAGUUUCUGCCUUUAAGUGAAGCUAAAAGCCAGCUGAUAAUAAUAUCUGCCUCAUAGGGUUAAAGUGAGGAUUACUUGAGAUGUUAACAUACAUAAAAUAUAACUACCAGUAAUAUGCUCCAUGAAGAAGAUCUAUUAAUACAAUUAAUCCCACUCAGAUAUUUAUUUUAAACCACACAUACACACACAUAUAUACAGCAUUUACUGUUGAAAAUGAUACUUUAGGUGAUUUGUGAAUGUUAAUCUUUAUAACACCUCUGUUAGUUAGAUACUGUUAUUAUCCUCAUUUACAGAUAGGAAACUGUGGCCCAGAGAAGUUAAGUAACUUUCCUAAGGUCAUAAGCAAGUGAGUGGUAAUAUUUCCUGCUGUUUUUCUGUGAGACCCCACUUGAAAGUAAGCAGCCUGUAGAGCUACAAUCUGUAUUUGAGGAUGAUUUUCAUUCAGCUUCUCCUUCCUAGAUAGUUGCUUUCCCCUGUCAUCCUCCUCUCACCCCAAUACUAUUUUACCAGAUAGUGAUGGGUGUUUGAAUGUCAAUACCACAAUCCAUACAGGUGUGUGAUCCUGUGUGUGUUUUUUGUGUGUGUGCAUACAUCAGGCUGCUUAAAUGAGUUGCUUUUCUUCUUUGCUGCUUUCUCCAUUUUAAUGUAAGGUGUUUUUUUUUUAUUGUUCUCUAUUUGAGGUUUUUAAGCAUUAGAAUUAGGCAGAUCCAGAUUUAAGCUGAACAUUUCUAAGCCAGUGUUCUCAUCUACAAAAUGGUAAUACUAACACCUAUAUCAUGAGAUUGAGUGAGGAUUAAAGUAAGUGAUAUUGCAAAUUAUAAAGGUUAUAUAUAGAUAUUUUGUAUGUAUUUUAUACUACAUUUAGAUGAGUUGUCGGGAUAUGUUUUGGUAUUUUCUCCAUUUUAACUUAAAAGGUUUGGAGUUGAUGGUUUUUGUUUUUAGUGGUGGUGGGGAUAAGACUGGCAACCUCCUUUUGAUUGGGCUAUAAGAGGAAGAAUAAGUUCAAAGUUAGGCUAUUUAAUAUCCAAUCCCAGAGCCUCAAUUACCUCAUUUUAAAGUGGGAAUGUUAAUAGCUAUCUUGUAUCAUGGUAGUGAUCACCGUUAUAUCUCCAGUGCUUCCCACACUACCUGGCAUUAUGCAAAUGCCUAGUAAAUAUUGCUGAAUAAAUAUCAAAUAAAUAAGAUGUUGAGAGGAUUAAAUGAGAUAUAAAGGAUUUAGCACUGUGUCUGGUAGAUAGUCGAUAUACAAAAUUACACUACUAUUUUUAUCAAUAAUUUUUAAUUUAUUAAAUACAUUUCUUCUGAUUAUAUUAUUAAACACAUUCAAAUAAAGUAUAUAAUAUUUUCUUUAAUUAUUUCUGUUACUUAAGCAUGGUAUUUCUGAAAGAUGAAGAUACUAAUACCUUGAUCCUCUCUAGUUCUUUGGCAACAACCCAUUGAUGUUUGGAAGUGAAAAAAUGCCAUCAAUACUAUUAAUGAUUUUGAAAACCAGGCUUUAAAUAAAUGUGUAUACUCAUGUUAUUUCUUUUCAGAGAGAAGAGGUACUCCCUUAUAGGGACUUGUAAAGGCAUAGAGCAUCUGGAAAUUAACUGCCUCCAUUACGCUGCUGAGACACACACAACACUUGUUAUGUUUUCUUCACUUCUGUCCAGAAGGCUACAUUAUUGGAAUUUUGAAGUCAUGAAAACCUCAGAUGAACCAACCUGCAACACCUUGGAUUCAGAUUGGAAGAUAAAGAGAAAGUUUAAAGAAUGUGGCCUAUAAAGGCGGGUACCUGGAAGUAUUAACUGACUCACACUGUAAAAAUGAGACCAGUUUCUAAACAAUAGAGAUUGUUUUAGUACAACAUCAAGGUUCAAGACAAAUGUUGAACUAAAAACUUUACACUCCCCACCCCCACUUCAGACAGGUACCAGCACUGGUGAAUUAUGAUUUUCCUUAGUCGGAAACACUUAUUUUUACCCAUGUAGACCAUCCUUAGGAAUUAAAUAUUGGUUAUUUAAUGUAGAUUAUAAUGGGAAGCUGAUUUUUUUCACAAUGGCAGAUUUCAAGGACUUGGUUCCAAACUGAGCUGAAGCUUCCCAAUGAGUUUUGUACAGUCUGGGAAAAACUGUGCUGCACUGGCCCACUUUUGAAGGCCAUCAUGCUCUGUAAUAUAAGGAUAUCAUCUUAUUGCUGAUAUCUUUGGAGAGUCCCUAGCAGACACAGAAAAUGAAUGGAGGCAAAGAGUGUGACGGAGGGGACAAGGAAGGAGGUCUUCCAGCUAUACAAGUUCCUGUGGGUUGGCAGCGUCGUGUGGAUCAAAAUGGAGUGCUUUAUGUCAGUCCCAGUGGGUCUUUGUUAUCUUGCUUGGAGCAGGUUAAAACAUACCUGCUUACUGAUGGAACAUGCAAGUGUGGCUUGGAAUGUCCUCUUAUUCUUCCCAAGGUAUUUAAUUUUGAUCCUGGAGCUGCUGUGAAGCAGAGAACUGCAGAAGAUGUUAAGGCAGAUGAAGAUGUCACAAAGCUAUGCAUACAUAAAAGAAAAAUUAUUGCAGUGGCCACACUUCAUAAAAGCAUGGAAGCCCCACAUCCUUCUCUGGUGCUCACCAGUCCCGGAGGAGGAACAAAUGCAACUCCAGUAGUACCUUCUCGGGCAGCAACUCCAAGAUCAGUAAGAAAUAAAUCUCAUGAAGGAAUUACAAAUUCUGUAAUGCCUGAAUGUAAGAAUCCUUUCAAGUUAAUGAUCGGAUCAUCAAAUGCCAUGGGAAGGCUAUAUGUACAAGAACUGCCUGGAAGCCAACAGCAAGAACUCCACCCUGUCUACCCCCGACAGAGAUUGGGCAGCAGUGAACAUGGACAGAAAUCUCCAUUCCGUGGCAGCCAUGGAGGCCUGCCCAGCCCAGCAUCAUCAGGUUCCCAGAUAUAUGGAGAUGGUUCAAUCUCUCCAAGGACUGACCCACUUGGAAGUCCUGAUGUUUUCGCAAGAAAUAAUCCUGGUUUUCAUGGAGCUCCCAAUUCUAGUCCUAUUCACCUGAAUAGGACUCCUCUUUCUCCACCUUCAGUAAUGCUACACGGUUCUCCUGUACAGUCAUCCUGUGCAAUGGCUGGAAGGACUAAUAUACCUCUUUCCCCAACCUUGACUACAAAGAGUCCAGUAAUGAAAAAACCAAUGUGUAAUUUUUCAACUAAUAUGGAAAUACCACGAGCAAUGUUCCACCACAAACCACCCCAAGGCCCACCUCCCCCUCCUCCACCUUCUUGUGCUCUUCAGAAAAAGCCAUUAACAUCUGAGAAAGAUCCACUUGGCAUUCUUGACCCUAUUCCUAGUAAACCAGUGAAUCAGAACCCUGUUAUCAUUAAUCCAACCAGUUUCCAUUCAAAUGUCCACUCUCAGGUACCUAUGAUGAAUGUAAGCAUGCCUCCUGCUGUUGUUCCUUUGCCAAGUAAUCUCCCUUUGCCAACUGUAAAACCUGGUCACAUGAAUCACGGGAGUCAUGUACAAAGAGUUCAACAUUCAGCUUCAACCUCCCUGUCCCCUUCUCCAGUGACAUCCCCAGUGCACAUGAUGGGGACUGGAAUUGGAAGGAUUGAGGCAUCGCCCCAAAGAUCACGCUCAUCUUCCACAUCAUCAGAUCAUGGAAAUUUCAUGAUGCCACCUGUAGGACCCCAGGCCACUUGUAGUGGUAUUAAGGUUCCACCCAGGUCACCAAGGUCAACAAUAGGGUCCCCACGGCCAUCAAUGCCAUCAAGCCCUUCUACCAAGUCCGAUGGACAUCAUCAGUACAAGGAUAUCCCUAACCCAUUAAUUGCUGGAAUAAGUAAUGUACUAAAUACCCCAAGCAGUGCAGCUUUUCCUACUGCAUCUGCCGGAAGUGGUUCUGUAAAGAGUCAGCCUGGUUUGCUGGGAAUGCCUUUAAAUCAGAUCUUGAACCAGCACAAUGCUGCCUCCUUUCCAGCAAGUAGUUUACUCUCAGCAGCAGCCAAAGCACAGCUAGCAAAUCAAAACAAACUUGCUGGUAACAACAGUAGCAGCAGUAGCAAUUCUGGAGCUGUUGCCGGCAGUGGCAACACUGAAGGACAUAGCACUUUAAACACCAUGUUCCCUCCUACUGCCAACAUGCUUCUCCCAACAGGUGAAGGGCAAAGUGGUCGAGCAGCACUAAGAGAUAAGCUGAUGUCUCAGCAAAAAGACUCAUUGCGGAAAAGAAAACAGCCACCUACCACAGUGUUGAGUUUGCUCAGACAGUCUCAAAUGGAUAGUUCUGCAGUUCCUAAACCUGGACCUGACUUGCUAAGGAAGCAGGGUCAGGGUUCGUUUCCCAUCAGUUCAAUGUCUCAGUUACUACAGUCUAUGAGUUGUCAAAGCUCUCACUUGAGUAGCAAUAGUACCCCGGGUUGUGGGGCCUCAAAUACUGCUUUGCCUUGCUCAGCUAACCAGCUGCAUUUUACAGAUCCCAAUAUGAACUCCAGUGUUCUUCAGAAUUCACUGACACAGAACAUACCUUUAAGAGGGGAAGCCGUGCACUGCCACAAUGCAAACACUAACUUUGUUCACAGUAACAGUCCAGUCCCCAACCACCAUCUUGCAGGUUUAAUAAAUCAGAUUCAGGCUAGCGGGAACUGUGGGAUGCUCAGUCAGUCGGGCAUGGCUUUAGGAAAUUCCUUACAUCCCAAUCCACCUCAGUCAAGAAUUUCAACGUCCUCCACUCCAGUGAUACCAAACAGCAUUGUUAGCAGCUAUAAUCAAACAAGUUCUGAAGCAGGCGGUUCAGGACCAUCAUCCUCCAUAGCCAUAGCGGGCACCAACCACCCUGCCAUCACAAAAACAACGUCUGUUCUUCAAGAUGGCGUCAUAGUCACCACCGCAGCUGGAAACCCACUGCAGAGUCAGCUGCCCAUUGGGAGUGAUUUUCCUUUUGUUGGCCAGGAGCACGCACUUCAUUUUCCAUCCAACAGCACUUCAAACAACCAUCUUCCACACCCCUUGAACCCCAGCCUCCUCAGUUCUCUACCUAUCUCUUUGCCAGUGAAUCAACAGCAUCUCCUAAACCAGAAUCUAUUAAAUAUCCUCCAGCCUUCAGCAGGAGAAGGCAAGUCUGAGAUCAACCUCCACCCUUUAGGUUUUCUCAACCCGAAUGUAAACGCUGCUUUAGCUUUUCUCUCCAGUGACAUGGAUGGGCAGGUAUUGCAGCCUGUUCACUUUCAGCUCUUAGCAGCCCUGCUUCAGAACCAAGCCCAAGCAGCUGCCAUGCUUCCCCUGCCAUCUUUCAAUCUGACCAUCUCAGAUCUUUUGCAACAGCAAAAUACCCCUUUACCCUCAUUAACACAGAUGACAGCCCCACCAGACCAUUUGCCAAGCAAUCAGUCAGACAACAGCCGAGCUGAGACCCUUUUAACCAGCCCCCUGGGGAACCCUUUACCAAGCUUUGCAGGCAGUGACACUACUUUUAACCCCCUGUUCCUCCCAGCUGUCACUGGGGCCUCAGGAUUAAUGACCUUGAAUCCCCAGCUGUUGGGAGGUGUCCUGAACUCGGCAUCGGCCAACACCGCUAAUCAUCCAGAGGUUUCCAUAGCAACCUCCUCCCAGGCAACCACUACCACAACCACUACAUCAUCAGCAGUGGCAGCACUGACUGUCUCAACACUUGGUGGGACAGCAGUGGUGUCAAUGGCAGAAACAUUGCUGAAUAUAUCUAAUAAUGCUGGGAAUACACCUGGUCCAGCUAAACUCAACAGUAACUCUGUGGUGCCACAGCUACUUAACCCUCUACUGGGGACAGGUCUACUUGGUGAUAUGUCAUCAAUAAACAAUACUUUGAAUAACCAUCAACUGACUCAUCUACAGUCGCUGUUAAACAACAAUCAGAUGUUUCCUCCAAAUCAGCAACAGCAGCAACUUCUCCAGGGGUACCAGAAUCUCCAGGCGUUCCAAGGACAGUCCACAAUUCCUUGCCCAGCUAACAAUAACCCCAUGGCUUGUCUGUUUCAGAACUUUCAGGUGAGAAUGCAGGAAGAUGCAGCUCUCCUAAACAAAAGAAUAAGCAGUCAGCCUGGGCUCACAGCACUUCCUGAGAAUCCAAACACUACACUUCCACCUUUUCAAGAUUCACCUUGUGAGUUGCAACCAAGGAUUGACCCAUCUCUUGGUCAACAGGUGAAGGAUGGCCUCGUUGUGGGUGGCCCAGGUGAUGCUUCUGUAGAUGCCAUUUACAAAGCAGUUGUCGAUGCAGCCAGCAAAGGAAUGCAGGUUGUCAUCACCACUGCAGUCAACAGUACAACUCAGAUCAGCCCCAUUCCAGCUCUGAGUGCCAUGAGUGCCUUCACUGCCUCAAUUGGUGACCCGUUAAAUCUCUCCAGUGCUGUCAGUGCGGUCAUUCAUGGACGGAACAUGGGAGGUGUUGAUCAUGAUGGUAGGCUGAGGAAUUCAAGAGGGGCUCGGCUGCCCAAGAACCUAGACCAUGGGAAAAAUGCGAACGAAGGAGAUGGGUUUGAAUAUUUCAAGUCAGCAAGUUGCCACACAUCCAAAAAACAGUGGGACGGGGAGCAAAGCCCCAGAGGGGAGCGAAACAGGUGGAAGUACGAGGAAUUUUUAGAUCAUCCAGGCCAUAUCCACAGUAGUCCUUGUCAUGAAAGGUCCAACAAUGUCUCUACACUGCCAUUUCUGCCUGGGGAGCAGCACCCAAUACUGUUACCACCAAGAAACUGUCCAGGGGAUAAAAUUCUAGAGGAAAAUUUCAGGUAUAAUAACUACAAAAGAACUAUGAUGAGUUUUAAAGAGAGACUAGAGAACACUGUGGAAAGAUGUGCACAUAUUAAUGGGAAUAGACCUCGACAGAGUCGGGGAUUUGGAGAGCUGCUAAGCACUGCAAAGCAAGACCUGGUCCUAGAGGAGCAGUCUCCAAGUUCCUCAAAUAGUUUGGAAAGUUCUCUGGUCAAAGACUACAUCCAUUACAAUGGAGACUUUAAUGCCAAAAGCAUUAACGGGUGUGUGCCUAGCCCUUCAGAUGCUAAAAGCAUUAGUAGUGAAGAUGACCUAAGGAAUCCAGACUCCCCCUCUUCAAAUGAAUUGAUACAUUAUAGACCAAGGACGUUCAAUGUGGGUGACUUGGUCUGGGGCCAAAUCAAAGGACUGACUUCCUGGCCUGGAAAAUUAGUAAGAGAAGACGACGUUCACAAUUCAUGUCAACAAAGCCCCGAGGAAGGGAAGGUGGAGCCCGAGAAGUUGAAGACACUAACAGAAGGUUUGGAAGCCUACAGCCGUGUCCGGAAAAGGAACAGAAAAAGUGGAAAGCUAAAUAACCAUUUAGAAGCUGCUAUUCAUGAGGCCAUGAGUGAACUGGACAAAAUGUCGGGGACUGUACACCAAAUCCCACAGGGUGACAGACAAAUGAGACCCCCCAAACCCAAGAGGAGGAAGAUCUCCAGAUAACAGAGACUACUCCACUAAUGAGCAGUGUUUAUUAAAGGAACAUGCACAGAUGUAUCUGUAUAUAGGUAUUGAUAUAGCCACUGUUAUAUCAAUAUUUAGAUUAUGGCAGAUAGCUACCACCACCACAGGGUGCUAAAGAAACAGUGAUAGAAAGUUUUUCUGAUCAGGAAGGAUAAUGAAUGCUGGAAAAACCAAUCAAAAUCUCUGUGUGAUGAGAGUGAUAAAUGGUCAAGAGAUUACUGAGAAACUCUUUUUCUAUAAUACUAAAUUGUGAUUCCAAGAAAUAGUCCAAAUGUUUCUGAAGAAUUUUCAAUGUUGUAUAUAGAAAAUACAGAAUUUCAUGGUGAUAUCAGAAAUGUAAAUAUUGUACAAUAUUGUCAUGUACAAGCGUACCUAAUGCACACUUUAUCUUUUAUUGUACAAAGAAAUAGUGUACAAAAUUCUUUGGUUUCUAUGGAGUACACCUACCAGAGACUACCAGUGUAAAGUGAUAAAUAAAAAUACAACCUAAAUGCUUUUCUAUGAUAAUGUAAAAGAUGCUGUUUUUGUAUUUAACAGCAGAGAAAAGGCAUGAUGAUGUAAUAUCUGAAUUAUGACAUACACUGCACACCACUGAGUGUCCAUUUAUAUUGUCUGUUUGGAAUGAACCUUGCCUGGAAGCACUGGACUCAAUUUUGGGUGUCUAGGAAAUUGCAGCCUUGCAGAUUUCUAAAGGGAUGAGAGCUCACAGGUCUAAAUUAAGAAUUCAGAAACUGCAACCAUUUGUUGCAUAUUUUUUUUACCUAAGUUUUAAAAUAGAAUAGGUUUUAUAAAAAAAAAAUCUUAGAUGGAAUAUUUUCCUCAGCCAUUUCUGUAGUUAACAUUUGAUAGCCACCUGUUAAAGCAGAUAGCUUAUACUGACAGCACCACUGCUGGUGCUCAGAGUUGAGGGGUUUUUUUGCAAAUGAUAUCUAACAAGAUAAAACUUUCUACUUCCGUACAUGGAGGCAAAAGCCCCAUUUUGCAACCGUUAUCAGAGGUAAGGUUGAUUAUAAUUCAUUUUUUUUGUAGUGGCGAAAAUAAAUAUGAAUCAUCAAAGCAAGUUUCAUAUCCAUUCGUCAGUAUUACUUAAUCCAGAAGUUAAUUAAGGUGGCUUACAAAAUUAUUAGCAAUGGCAAUUUUUUAUCAGUAUUGUGUAACAUAUCAGAUUUAUUUUAUUUAAAGAAUUAUUUAUACCAUUAACAGAUUCUUAUAUAUAUUAAUGUGGCUAAAAUGUGCAGGUUAAAUCUAUUAACCAAAUUAUUUGUAUUAUAUUAAGUAAGAAAAAAUGUGAAACAAAUGUAGAGAGAAAAUACUACAUUACAAGUAUACAAACCUGAAACUGUGAGCCAUUGUAAAGUACAAGGUAAUUAAUAAGAAAUGUAGCACAACAUAAUUUUCCGUCUUCUUCUCACAAUUUUUGUGGUGGUGGUAUAACCCUAUCUUCCAGGCAGUUAAGCAAAGUUUGGGCUUCCAGCCUGACUUCAAAUGAUAGAUUGUCAAAAGAAGGGAUCUAUUAUCCCUUUAUUCUUGGAACCACCAGUCUCUGCCCCAAACCCUGAAGCCCCUAGAGAGCACUGCCUUGUCCUCUAGCCUAGGGCUCACGCAACAGUCUCCCACUCAGGCUGCUAGGAGGUUCUCCAGUAGCAGGCUCAGCACCUCAAACUGCCCACCACCUCUCCUACUGCUCCUUUCCCACCCAGCCCCCAAACUCCUCAGUCCUGUCAUGUAGCAGAGUUCCAGUAACUCAGGAAAAUGGAGACCAAGGUCAUUCCUUGAGUUGGCUUCUUGGGGCCACAGCACAGAGCAUGCUACCUGGGCUCACUUUUGAUAGCAACAGCUCUUAGUUAUUCCCCUAGGUCUCCUGUGUCUCUCUGUCCCUCUGUUCCUACUCUCACCUCUACACCCAAGCCUAGGGGAAUGCAACUGGCUAUCCUGGGCUUCAUGACCUCAAAGUAGGAACCCUUCCUUCAGGGGUAGGUUCAUUUCGUCUCUCUUGUCAUGGUGGGAUUGCCUGCCCGGUUCCUUCAUACAGUCCCAUGAAGUAAUCGUUUGUGUAGUUUAGUUGACACAUUUUUAUAAGUUAAAAGUUGAUGUGGCUAGUAUAUUUAAACCAUUAAUGUCUUUUUUUUUUUUUUUGCACCAAUCUGUUUUUCUGUGUUUUUUUCCUGCACAUUUGUGUUUAUUCACAGACAGACAUACGUGUGUGUUUGUAUGCUGGGUGUGUCUGUAUGUGUGUAUGUGUUGAUAUGUAGAGUUUUUAGCCUUUGCUUUUCUGUCUUCAGGCGGAGUUUACGUUGACCAAGCCUUCUUUUUGGUAUUUUGAGCUAAUUCAGUUUGUGCUUCCCUCCCACUGUAUACUUUACAUCAGUAGAACAUGUAAAGUAUGUUUGUGCCCAUGAUCUCACUGGCUGCUAUGGCUUUGAUAUGGGUGCUGGGUGUAAUAGUUUCAGUCUACGUGGGUUUUUUUUCUUUUUCCUCUCUCUCUCUCUUACGUUAUGUGGUUUUGUGUAAGCAGUUAAUGUAAAUAUUGUUACCAUUACAGGUCAUGAAGUGCUGUAACAUUUUUUUAAAUGUUGCACCUACUUUACAAUUAAAAAAUUGGUCACUCACACUUCAGUUUUGCCCAUAGAGCCAUUUAUUUCUCUUUGUAUUGAAGCCAAUUCAUUUUUUUAAAUGAAGGCUAGCCCGUCUAUGUUAGCAAAAUUUUUAUUCCCUAAAAUAAACUUUUUAAAGAAACAAAUCCAAGAAUGGAAACAGAUGAAAAAUUUUUUCUUCUUUGAAGAACAUAAUAGUCCCUGCUGGAAAAGGAAAUCUAAUUUUAUUUUGUGUCCCUUAACAGGCCUAGGAAGCACAAGGAGAAUAAACUAAACCUCUAAGAAGGUUUUAAAAAUUAUUUCAAAUGAGUGAAAAUUAACUGAGCAGCUUUUGUGUGAUUUGUCUUGUUUGUAGCAUUCAAAGCAAACCAGGGUUUUUAUUUAUUUAAAGGAACAUUUGUACUUUUUAGUGCCAUUAUGAAUGAAAAUGCUUUAAGAAUAUUCAUCCCUUGUGAUAUCAUGGGCCACUUUUAGUCUUUUAUUUGGACCCUGACUUUGAGUUUUUGCUAUGUCUGUUGUUUAAGUAAACACAGCCUUCUUAUUUGAACAUAACACUCAAAAUUGCAGGAGAAGAGGGCAGUUGUUUCACUUUCUGUAAGUUUUAUGAAGAUUCUUAUAUCCUAUGAGGUGACUCAUUUCUCAUUUUAGACCAUGAUAGCACAUUGUUGUUAACUUUGGUAAUCUUCCAUGCAGAUUGCAGUGUUCCCUCAUAAGUCACAAGCAUAUAUGCAUUAAGAUUUUAAAAUCUAAGAUGCUUAAGAUGUUGGUGGCAUUGCUCUUUCUGAAAAGAAAGUCAAAACACUAGGCCUUGCUGAAAAUCUGAUAUCUCGUUUACUUUGCCCAUUUAUGCCCAAAUGGUAUAAUGCAAGACUCAAGACUUUUCAAUGUAGUAUAUCAAAUGAGUUGUGCAUUGAUUCAUUUGGGGGACAUGAACAAAAAUUAUCAACCAGCCAGAACUGUAAUAUUGAAUUAGUUUAUCUUUUUCUUUUAUUCACUCUAUCACAUUUGCAUUAGCCAAAGAGAUAAGAACCUUAGUAAUUCAUAUGUGUAAACAACCCAGAAAUGAAUAUUAAAUCAGUGAGCCAAAAAGCAAUAAACAACUCAAGCAUGGGAAAUCCUGCUAACAGUGGGGAGUCUGAUAUAGAAAAAAUAUAUAAAAAGCAUUAUCUUCAAAAAUGAAAGAUUAAUUUGUAUCUACUGUAAAUAUGUAUUACCAGCCGUAUCUGCAUUUAUACACACUGUGUGUGUACCUCAGUGACCUUUUAUAAACCAGAAAAAUGGUUGAUUUAAUAAUUUGUUAUGUAAAUACAAAGUUGUCUAUAAAUUGGAAAAUUUGAUGCCAGAUGGCUUCAUAAUAUACAACUGUGUUUUGU